AUGUUAUUGUUUAAAUCAUAUUCUUUUUUAGAAUGUUCUAUUAUGAAACGUUUGAGUAUAUCUGGUGAACCAAUAUCAUUUUUCCGUGAACUACUUCCAUCUACUGAAUUUAAUGACUUGCUCUUUUGGCCUUCUGUUGUACUUUCUGAAUCACUUUUAUGGAAGGAAUUUGACUUACUUGCAAAAAAUCUUCUUCAUUCUAUCCAUUUUUGUUUAAUUGAGGAUAUUCUUCCUAUAAAACUUAUUUCUGUUCUUAAUGAUGCGGAUUAUUUAAAAAUUGUUGAAAUUUUGCAGAAAGGCUGGAAUGAAGGAUAUUUGAGGUAA